AUGGCGUCCUUAAAGUUGUCAGCUUUAAGUGUGUUUAGCCCUCGGAGUUUUAGUCGCAUUACAGCUGUUCUGACUCCAAAUAUAAAGAGACAUAUAUGUACUACUAUCUCAAUGCACAUGAAGCUGAAUGAGAUGAAACAUAUACUAAAGGAAAAUAAUAUCCCGGAAGCGGAUAAAAGGCAAAUAGAAAAAGAGGUUGAAGAAAUGACAAAGGAUUGGAUUACCACGGGUUAUCACCAUACUGACAAAAAAGAAGAUACUUUCCUAUCACAGUUUAUGCCUUUCGCUCUUCUUACACUCUGGAUUUUUCCGUUGUUUUUGUUUAUGUACUACUCUCCUAAUCGUAGUUUUUCUGAUUGGACUUGGAGAGAAGCAUAUUUGGAGAUAGAAAGACGAAGAAGAGAUGGCCUACCUCUUGUAGAUAAAGAUCUAAUCCCUGCUUCCCGUGUUCAGCUGCCUCCAGUUGAUCAACUCGACCCUGAUUUUAAGAUUAUUAUAUAA